UGAUCUGACUAAAUUAUCAUGGCGUAUUAAACUGGUAUCAGUUUGGUAUAAGUUUUGUGACAAGUUUAAAGGCUACUUCUGUCAUGCGUUUUCGUAUGGAAUGAGCAACAAACCAUCUCUCUAUAGCAGACGACCGCAACACAACGAUAAAUACAUCUCGGAAAGUAACGGAAGUGAAGGUACGACUGCCAGCGAUUCGGAGGGUCCCAACCUGGACCGACCAAACACAAGUUCUGCUGCUGCUGGUCCUCCGACACAAAAACAAUGUAGAAGUAAACCCGGCGACUCCUCCGGCUCUGAUUCAUCGAGCAGCAAGCAGGACUACAGGUCGUACCAGUCGAGUAGUAAGCAUGAUGACUGCAACGGAGUCGGAGGAGGGACACGCGACCACCGGGCCACCUCGGCCAGUAGAGAUAGAGCGAGCGCGCAGCCGAUGGGCCGCGGAACUCAGGGCGAAGCGCUGACCAGCCGCCAUGGACGAGGUGCAGCCGGUGCAUUCACAUCUAGCCGCCCGAGAGAAACCUAUUCGAGAGAUAUGAAAACCCCUAUCGGAGAGAAGAGCCAGCUGUACGGCGAUGAGUCAUCGCGUCUCUCCGUGCUGAUGAAGCGGGUGAUGAGGGAGGACGAUCGCCGCUCCUCCAUCGUCAAGCAGCUGCGCGAGUACAUGCAGACCGCCAACCCCAAGGUGAUCAGCAAGCAAGCGGACAACGUUUUGGAAUCUUUGCAAGAUCUUCUGCAGGAGAGGGGCUCUUCAGAGACGAAGCAGGAGCUAGCACGAUGUGUGGGCAUCACAGGGUCAGUGAUGGGAGACGACCCUCAGAGGUAUUUCAACAGUGUGUUUGGCCGGGUGAAUGCAGCCAGCACAUCUGACGAUGUCAGGGUCCACCUACUGAAGGCCCUCAUGGAGACGCUUGCGAUCACGAAGGAGCGUAAGGUGUACUUUUGGGGAAUCAACCACUCACUAUACGCGAAUGCUCUUGUGUUGUUUUUUCUCAGACGCUUGCGAUCACGAAGGAGCGACUUGUGUGUAGACAGGAGCUGUCCACCCGCUGAUCCAGACCUACCGUCGUCAUCUGAAUGCAUCAGUAAGAUAACGUCAUUAAUCAGAGUUUUCACGACCGUCAUUCGAAGCAUCGGCAAGUAUUUUCAGCCGACUAAGGGGCCGCCAAUCACUACCGAGUAUAUUGUAGAGAGUUUGAACAGGAUCAUGCAGUGUGUGCUGAUGUCGAUGGAGAAGCAUCACUCGGAAAACCUCAUCCUUCACGCAAACCACUGCGUCAUAGAGCUGCUCGCGCAUCUGCACGGCGGCGCCACCAGCUGCGUGACGUUGCUCGCCGACUUUGUGGAGAUGCAGCUGGCUGGUCCGCCCAGCGUGCCGUCCAAGUACCUGCUCACGACAUUGGCACUGAUUCUCAAGGUCAUUCAGGAGGUCGGCGGCGAGAUGCCCGUGGCGUUUGUCAGUGGCGCGCUGCGGACUGAGCGGGCGGUGGCCGUGGCUCGGUUCUCGGGCGAGCCAGCGCUGCAGCAGGCGGCGAUGCAGAUCUACCAGGCUCUGCUGGGACUCAAGAACGUGCUGCUGCUCGACGUUGCAUAUAGACAUCUGCUUAUAGACAUGCAGCGAGCGGUCAAUGCCCUGCUGACCAGUGGUGGCAGCCAGCGCAAGCCGGUCAUCGUCGAAGAGACGACGACGUCGACACCCGGCGCCACCUACACGCCUCCGCAGGCUCGCCACGUCGUCAUGUUCCUGCUGGGAGCGCUCACAGAGAUUGCGACGACCAGUAAUUCCAUCAUCGGGAUGUGGGCGCUCACUCCUAGUCUGUUUGAGCUGCUGUGUCACCAUCUCGACCCCGGCAUGGAGGAUCUAGCGGCAAGCCACCCCGUCGUACAGUACUGCGUCCUACGUCUGCUCAACUCGCUCUCCACCAGGCAUGGCAACUUCAUCUCGACCAGCUGCCUGCUGUCCAGCCAGGUUGCACAGACCAGCGGCCAUCUCUCCAAGAUCCUCACCCUGCUGACCAGGCUGCUGCGGCAGGAGACCACCAGCUGGGACGCGAGGAAGCUGGCGGUGCAAUGGUGUGAGGACAUCCUACAGUCACUGCAGGUGCAGCACGCCGCCCUGUUCCCAAAGCCAGAAUUCUGUGAUCUUGUUUCCAUGGUGAUCACGUCCGCAACUGAGCGGCGAAGAUCGACGUAACAACUGACGUCUG